ACUGGGAGGAGACGCGAAGCUGACAAGUUGUGCACCUCCUGUCGGUAACUUGUUCAUCCCGUACAGAUGAUAAAAUGAUGGACCGAGUCCCUGUCUACCAGGGGAGGUUCACAGACCGAUCCCCUGGUGUUCGCUCAGCUGGAAAGCUUCUUCCUAUCGGAGAUAGAGCUCCAACCUGCUUGACUGAAAGAUAUCCUUCUGCCCCGCCAGUGGUGCAGAAAUUUCUUAAUUUUAGACGUCCAGAUCCUGGUGUUCGAACCAUAUUUUAUGGCAAAGCAUAUGAUCCCUAUUUUGAGAAAGACAUGACACAUGGUGUCAAGAACCACUAUUUAUUAAGUGCUGGCUCAUUAAUAAAUUCACAACCCAUAACAUUAUUCCAGCAAAAGCUUCUUGAAAAAAGAGAGUCCGUUUACUCCAGCCGCAAGCAAGCUCCCCUUGGAAAAUCACAUGAUCAAUCAAAAGCUGUACCUGCUUAUAUUGACAUCAAUGAACGUACAUUUGGACGAAAAUACAAGAGAGGCAUGACAGUUGGAGGACUUAUUAAUCCACGUAAAACCUUUGACGAACUUGAUGAAGAGUCAAAGAAAGGACACGAGUUGUAUGUGGUUACACAUAAUGAUUAUAAUGUUGGUGAGAUAAAAGAUAGACAAUAUGAUUUGACAAAAUUUAAAAAGGACAGACGCUUUGGAAUUGAAACUCCACACUUCUCUGAUGGCAGGACCACUAGACAGACCAUCCAGUGGCUUCAGAAUAAAAAUAAAGAAGGUGCAGUCAUUAUAUCUAAAAGACUACAUGACUUCAAGGAGCGUACACAACCUCAGAUUGGAAAAGUCCUUGACCCAAACGCAGAUACUAGGAAUCUGCCAGCAGACCACACAUUUGGAUUGCCUGUCCGUGCUGCACAAAACGGGCUGCAGAGGCCUAGAUGGGCUGCAAAAACCACAUCAGAAUUCCGAUCUCUUAAAACUUCUCCACUGGGCGUGCAUUACUAGAUUUGUUAUUAUGCCGUCUGAAUCGAUAAGUGUCUCGAUAUCCCAACACCGUGACAUGAUUUGUUAAUAAACAUGAUAAAAUAAAA